AAAAAUAUUAUCUAAAAGUCAAUGCCAAAGCACCAAAAUGGCACAUACAGAUAGAUUGUUAACUGGUAAGACUAAAUAACAGAUUUUUAAUAUGUUUACUAUUAAUAGUAAAUAAUAGGAAAAAUAUUCUGAUAAAGCAUCUUUAAGUCUAACUUAUUAUUUAAAUAUUUAUCACAGAAUCAUCGUACAUAAAAUUUUACAUUUUUAGCAGAAUAAACGAUUUGUUUCUGGAGUUGUUAUACAUAACUGCAUUGUCAACAUAUUGUUUUAUAUACCACUUAGUCUAUUCUUCAUUUUUGUUUAAUUUAUGUUUGAAGUUUUUCAACAUUAAAUGAUUAUACAAAUGCUAAUUUUGGCAAUAAUUUAUAUACACCAAAAAAAAUGUCUUGACAUAUCUUCCAAUUCUAAAUUUUAAUUACAAUUGCAACUCUGUGUUGGCGCAAUCACAUUCUUGCCGAUAAAAGGUUUCGAUUAGUUUAUUCGACUUUUCUGCGCGAGUGAGCGUUGUUUGUGCUGCGGUGAUUGAAAAAUUUUGUUGAAAUAUUGCUGGAAAAUCGAUGAUAUUUCUAAUUACUAAUAUUAGAAUUCAUAUAAUUUAAAGAAAAAGUGUCUUAUCAAAGUGAUUGUGUGUGUUGGAAGAUUAUUAGAAAAUACUUACAGUUCGCUGAAAGUUUUGCGUGUAAAGCCAAAUAAUUACAUGUGUGCGUGGAAUGAAUGGAAAAAGUAAUCGAAAGAAAGAGAAAUAAGAACGUAUAAACAGGAGAUAGGAAAGAGUAGCAGACGACAAAGGGAAGAAUCGCCAUCACCGUCGACAACGGCAUUUGAGCAACAGCAGAAUAAAUAAAAUUAAAGCAAAUGUUAUAAUGGAAAUUUGCAAAUUAAAAAGUUGUAAAUACAUUUAAAUAAAUAAAUACUACACCUUAUAGUCAAGCACUCAUGCUUAUUUAUGUACAUAAGGAGUGUUGAUAACAUUGGCAUAUUUUAAAAGAUAUGAACUUACAAAGAAUUACGCAUGGUUAGGACGCGGCAGCAGUGAAAAAAAAAAACUUGCUAAGCACGAAAAAGGGAUACAUAGGUAUUCAUGCGUACAAACGUUCGCAUAUGCGCACUCUCAACGCCUAUAAGUAAUACUCUAUCAAUUAGCCAAAGUACAUAAACUGCUCAUAAUCUAACGAUAGCUGAUAUUUCAAAAAAUUCGUUUAAAAAUAAGAACUACACAAAGAAAAAGUUAACUGCCAUUUAAAAGAGAAUACAAUUCAAAAACAAAUAACAAACAACGACCUAAAUAACAAAGGGUCAUUAAAAAGUUGAUACUUCAAUAAUUCGUGUUAAGUAAUAUCAGUUUGUACAAUUCCAAGAUGUGGAAUUCCGAUUCACGUUCACAGAACGGUGUGAGCAUUUCAUCGACUGGCUCACCCAGUUAUGGCGGUUACAAUUCCAGCAAUGGAAAUGGUAGAAAUGGUUCGCCACAUCAUCAGCAACAACACCAGCAGCAGCAAGUUAAGCAGCUGGGCAUGACAUCUGCCAUCAGCUUGGCAGAGCCACGUACUGAAGAUUUGCAGAAGACCGAAGAACUACGCAAAGCUUUAGAACCGUUUAAAGUGUUCGAAACUCAAGACGAGCUUAAUCAUCGUAUGGAGAUCUUAGCCAAACUCAAUACGCUGGUCAAACAAUGGGUUAAAGAUGUCUCUAUGUCAAAGAAUAUGCCCGAGGUAGCCGCCGAGAAAUUAGGUGGCAAAAUUUAUACUUUCGGUUCAUAUCGCCUGGGCGUACAUCAUAAGGGCGCCGAUAUUGAUGCGCUUUGUGUGGCGCCGCGCAAUAUCGAACGUACAGAUUAUUUUACAUCAUUUUUUGAUUUGUUAAAAAAACAAUCCGAAGUGACAGAGUGUCGUUCGGUGGAAGAGGCUUUUGUGCCGGUUAUAAAAAUGAAUUUUGAUGGUAUUGAAAUUGAUUUGUUAUUUGCGCGUCUCUCGCUCAAAGAGAUACCGGAUGACUUUGAUUUGCGCGAUGACAAUUUGCUUAAAAAUCUAGAUCCACGUUCGGUACGCAGUUUGAACGGUUGUCGAGUGACCGAUGAAAUUCUGGCGCUCGUGCCAAAUAUCGAGAAUUUCCGCUUGGCGCUGCGCUCCAUCAAGUUGUGGGCGAAAAAACAUGGCAUUUACUCAAAUUCGCUGGGCUACUUUGGUGGCGUGACGUGGGCUAUGUUGGUAGCGCGCACCUGCCAACUAUAUCCAAAUGCUACAGCCUCAACGCUGGUGCAUAAAUUCUUUUUGGUCUUCUCCCGCUGGAAGUGGCCAAAUCCUGUGCUGCUCAAGCACCCUGAUAACGUUAAUUUACGGUUUCCGGUUUGGGAUCCACGUGUAAACGCUUCGGAUCGCUACCAUCUUAUGCCGAUCAUAACGCCGGCAUAUCCACAACAGAAUUCCACAUUCAAUGUAUCGGAAUCUACAAAGAAAGUUAUACUUAAUGAAUUUAAUCGUGGCAUGAUUACCACGGAUGAAAUUAUGCUUGGACGUGCUACGUGGGAUCGUCUCUUCGAAGCGCCAAGUUUCUUUUACAAAUACCGCCACUUUAUAGUGCUUUUAGUCACAUCACAGACAGGCGAUGAUCAGCUGGAGUGGUGUGGCCUAGUCGAAUCAAAGAUUCGUCUAUUAGUAGGUAAUUUAGAGCGUAAUCAACACAUUUCAUUGGCACAUGUAAAUCCAACAUGUUUCGACUAUAAGAAAAUCGCUGUUAACACACAAGUUAACAGCGGCAAUGAGGAUGAUAAAACACAGUCGGGUGGCAAUCCGACAGUUUCCCCUACGCCAUUCUGUUCGAUGUGGUUCAUCGGUUUGGAAUUUGAACGCACCGAGAAUUUGAAUGUUGACCUCACAGAAAGUAUACAAAACUUUACCGAACAUGUCAUACAACAUGGCGUAAACAUAAAAAUGCUAAAAGAUGGCAUGCAUAUUGAAGCGCGGCAUGUGAAGCGUAAAUCGCUUUCGCAGUAUUUGGAUACGGAUUUUUUGAAGCGUGAACGCAAAUCCAUGGAACAGCAUAAUAAUUUUAAUAAUGCAAUUUUAGCGAAUCGCAAACGUUUGUCGACGGAAUUGUCUACACAGAAAGAGGGGGGUAGCACUAAAAAGGCGCGCUUAAGUGAAUCGCAAACGGAGGAGAACUCAAAUGCGUCAAGUGAUACCGGUGGCAUAACGCCGACCACACAACCGACUAGUGCACCGAAUUUCACGCCCGAUGCAAAGAGCAGCACCAAUAACGGUGGAGCUGGCUCGGGCUCUGGCUCCGGUUCGAAUUCGCCACGCAACAGCAAUGGUAAUGGCGGUAGCAACAGUGUCAACAAUCAAAACACAAAUAGUAAUAGCAAUAGCACAACAACAACAGCUGCAACUGCUGCUGCUACCGCGGAAGUGGCCUGCUCGUGACCGACGCUCACCACAGUACCGAAUCCAAUACCGCCGUCGCUGCCGCAACCGCCGCCGCCGCCACAACAACAACAAACACAAUCUCAUUAUAUGUCGCAUUCACUUCAUAACACCAUACACAACACACACGCCACACUCCAUCACACACACUCAUCCAUCGUCUCUCAUUCACAGAAAUUUCGCAAAAACAAUAAUGCCGCAGCCGUUGCCAAUUCAAAUAGUAUAUUUAGUCAGCGUGCCACCUCAAUACCGGGACACACCAGCAACACUGCAGCAAUGGCAUUCAAGCAAGGUUUGCCCACGGCCUCGUCCAUCUACCAAAGGAACAAUAAUAGUCGACGUUUGCAACAUCAUAUGUCUGCUUCGGCUGGUAUGUUGGGUGUAUUGGGUGGUAGUGGCGGUGGUGGUGUGAUUGGCGGUGAGAAGCCGCUAACAUUUUCCACCUCAAAAUCGACAACUGCAAAUGCAAAUGCCAACAACAAUCAGCAUCAAUAUAUGAACUAUACAAAUUGCGACAACAACAAUAGGAAUAGUAGUUAUAAUGCCGGCGCUGCGGCUGCUGUUGCUUCAAACGCUGUUGUUGCUAGCAACGCAACAGUAACAGCCACCAUUCCCAAUAGCAACGACAACAACAAUUAUAGUUACAAUAACUCAUGCAACACAACAACAACAGCGGACGCCGAUGACAGCGACGAUCUGUUUAUGAUGAGCGAUAACACUACAAGAACAACAACAACAACUAUUAAUUCAUAAAAAUCUGUUAAUUAUAAGGAAUCACAUAUAUACACAUAAAUAUAUAUAUAUAUAUAAAUAUAUAGCCUAGCUUGUAAGGAUACUUAAAGCAGCGAGUCGAUGUGGUUAACCCAACCACAACCAUUUGCGUGUAUACAUCUAUAUAUACGGCCUAUGGCUUAACUCCACAACUCAUUUACACAUUUAAUUGCAAUUAUUGGCGUAGAGUAAAAGUUCAUCGUCUUCAAAGUACACAUACACAUACAAAUAUGCUGAUUUAUAGCGGAGAAGAAGCUUAAAAUGGCGUAAAAAAAACCAAGAUUUGGCUACAGUUUCGAAUCAAACGACACUACACGAGCGCUAUACGCGGCACACACCGUUCUACAUACAUACAUACAACGGGCCCGUUACUGUUUUGUUGGCUGUAUGCUCCUCCCAACGUCGUACAUGCAAACAUAUGUGUCUAUAUUGGCCAAUACAAUAUGCUAAGCAACAUUUUAGUCCUUCUUCCACAUAGAACCCUCUACUACUACUACUACUCUUAAGCAACUCUACAUGGAUAACAAUUCGCAAUAAUUGUUAUUUAACUCUUUUUUUUGCAGCGAUUUCGCAACGCAUACAGAAAGCGUAUGAUUGAUGCAAGCGCGGUGUUGCACCGUUUGACAACAAAAACAACUGAAUUUUUAUAUUAGGCUUUAAUUCACGACCGUAUUUGCUGACCACACACAACACAACUUGACUAUGGUUACAUACAUACAUACGUAUUUACUCAUAUACAAACUAUACUAGACAAAAACAACAACAACAAAAAAAUUCUAAAACAAUCCUUUUUUACUACACUUUUUGAAGACAAAAAAAAACAGAAAGUUUCUUCACAAACAAUUUCUUUACCAACGCCACACUCCACCAAUCCUAUUUAUUUCAAUUUAUUUCACGCCAAUCCCCACUUUUCUUCACCACCACCAUCAACACUUCCUCCCCACCAACACUUCCUUACAUUUUUAUCAAAUGCGACUCGUCUCAACUUUAAAACUUAAGCUCGUCUGUUAGUUGAAUUUAAAUUGAUACAAAAAUGCAAGUAUAUUGAAAGUGUUACUUACUUAAUGCUGAAAAAAAGCCGAAAAAACUAAGAAGCAACAAACAAAGAUGCGUAAGAAAGAAA